AUGUCGACUGCCAACGAACUGGCCGAAAAUAUGGCCUCUGUCUCCAUCAACGACUCUACCAAUGGCGCAACUCCUGUAGGUGCUAUUCAGACCGAUGCCACUGCAGCCAGUGCCGAUGAGGGACGUCGCCUGUACAUUGGGAAUCUCGCAUAUGCGACCACUGAGGGGGAACUCAAGGACUUCUUCAAGGCUUACACCAUUGAAAACACCUCCAUCCCCGUGAACCCCCGCACUACCCGUCCUGUUGGAUAUGCCUUCGUCGACCUUGCUACUGCGCAAGAGGCCCAGGCUGCCAUUGCUGAGCUCUCUGGCAAGGAAAUCCUCGAGCGCAAGGUUUCCGUCCAACUUGCCCGCAAGCCCGAACCCGCUGAGAAUAAUGGCGAGGCUGUUAGCGGUGGUGAGGGUGCAAGUGGAGGUGAGGGCCGCAAGAGAGGCUAUGGUCGCGGUCGCGGACGUGGACGUGGCCGCGGUGGCCGAUUCGGGGCUCGCGGUGGCCGCGCGGCAAAGGAGCCGAAUGGAGAGCACGCUGAAGGGACCACCGAGGGAACACCCUUGGCCGAUGUGACUAAUGAGCCUGGUGAUGCCCCCAAAGACGCUAAGAGUCGUCCUCGUGUUCAAAAGCAACGUGGCCCGCCAGAAGAUGGGAUCCCGUCCAAGACAAAGGUUAUGGUUGCUAACCUUCCUUACGAUCUUAGCGAGGAGAAGUUGAAGGAACUUUUUGCUGCUUACGAACCCGUCUCCGCCAAAAUUGCACUUCGACCCAUUCCGCGUUUUAUGGUCAAGAAACUCCAAGCUCGUGGUGAGCCCCGCAAGGGCCGUGGAUUCGGUUUUGUCACUCUAGGCUCUGAGGCUCUCCAGACCAAAGCUGUUGAGGAGAUGCACGGCAGGGAAAUCGAAGGGCGGGAGAUCGCAGUCAAAAUUGCCAUCGACAGCCCCGGCAAGGAGGAUGACAUCUCUGGUGAAGAGCAGGCUACCGCCGAAGCCCCUGCUGAUGCACCUGUUACCGCUUAA